AUUGAACCACUUUAAUAAAGAAGCUUCUGCGGUUAAGAAAGAAGGCGGAAGAGCAAAAUCGCCUUCACUCAUCAGCUAUAUAACAGCUCAAUAUAAGAACACUGGUGUCAUUGCAGGUGGUCACCAAGCAGGCGGGUGCAGGGGCUUUGCGGAUCCUUCCAGGCGUCAUCGGGCUAGCCCGCUCGUCUAUCCGGUUAAUCUUUCUCUGUUGAAUCCGGAAACCGGACUUACACGGAAGGCGAUUUGAUUUGAACGGUCUUGGUGCCUCUCUUCGGCUUUGAGACAAGUCGGGAUUGGUAUGAUUAGCUUUUAGAUGGCAGCCAGAGAAUGACGCCAUAAGCAUAUAAACCCUAGAGAAGAAGACUAGUCCCAUUCGGGUAAUUGGAGGCCUUUUUAUUUGGAUAUCAUUUUUAAAGUUCUUAUGGGAAAUUGCUUGCGUCCGAGUCAAAACGGAUCUGAUAAGGAUUCCAAGCUUAAUUUCAGUGGCGGAAACGUACAUGUUAUAGGUAGCGGAGAAGAAUGGGAUGCGAAGAUCUCAGAAGCAAAUAAAGAAGGCAAAAUAGUUGUUGCAAAUUUCAGUGCAGCAUGGUGCGGCCCAUGCAAAAUGAUUACUUCUUACUAUACUGAACUUUCUCUGAAGUAUCCUCAAUUAGUUUUCCUGACAGUAGAUGUUGACGAGCUAAUGGACCUCAGUUCAUCUCUGGAUAUUCGUGCAACUCCAACGUUCUUUUUCAUGAAAGAUGGACAACAAAUAGAUAAGCUUGUGGGUGCCAACAAACCUGAACUAGAGAAAAAAAUACUUGCAUUGGCAGAAUCAAGCAAAUCUUCUAGCUCUUAAAUGAUUCCUCCUACCAAAGAUUUGUUACGUAAUAGAGAUAAAUCACAGCACCUCUACUCAAGCUGCAACGGUUGGAAAAGCAGUUUCAGUGAUGUUAUUUCUUGAUAUUGUACUAGCUUUUGUGAGUCUGAGAGCAAUUAGUUUGUUCCAAUCACUUCUCAUCACAAGAAGAGUGUGACAGGCCCUAGUAUGGCAUAGGAAUUGAUCUUUGGUGGUACUUGUAGGGAAAUACUGAAGGCUGUCUGAAAAAAAAAAAAACAGUUACAAAAAAUGUAAUAUUUUGCUCAUUCUAUCUGUAAUUUAUUUUUUUGAUUUUGAAUUUAGAUGCAAUUAUAGAACUGGAUAAUAGGACAUAUUAAGUGGCAGAAAUGGUUCAGGGAAACUGGCUCUGCCCCUUAAUUUUAUCACUUGUUGUAUAUAGGUUAUCUGAUCUUCAUAUUAUUGUAAAGGUUAAGAAAGCAGACCUCACUUAUUAUGGCUGUGGUCA